AUGAAGCAUAUAUUCAAUCAUUCUAUUGGUUUCUUUGCUGCACUAGUCUCAUCAUCGUUUAUUUUGACAGCAAGUCUGUUUAUUUCUUUUGCCAGCAUUUUAACUCCUAAGUGAAAUUCUUUCUCUUAUAAUGAGGAGACGUUCAACUAUGGGAUGCUUGAUUGUGAUGAUUGCCCUGCGGAGUAUAAAAAUACAAAUCCGAAUUGCUUAGUUGCUAUUUCUUGCAAGGAAGAUUCGUCAUCUGAACUAUGCUCAAUUGGCAGAAAACUAAUGAGAGCCCGUUCAAGUGUUAUAUCAAGUGAAGUUAUAGCAGGUUUAUUUACUAUCCUCCUGCUUGAAAGGCUUUUUUAUAUGCUUUUUCGAAAAGCCUAUGGAAAAUUGUGGAUUUUUUAUGCGCUCAUAGGAGUAGUUACUUCAUCAAAAUUUGCAGGAUUUUUAAGCUAUAUUGAAAUCACCCAAUCAAAAAUUAGCUCGAAUUGUGAUAAUAACAAAAAUAUCUGUAAUAGUGACGGGCCAAAUUACCUACUUUCCUCACUCAUUUUAAGUGGAAUUGGGUGCGGAUUUGUAAUUUUAGCAAUUAUUCUUCGCAAUAAAGCAGAAGAUAAAGAAAAAGAACUAAAAGGGUUAGAAAAUGGCUAUAUCUUAAUGAACGGUAAAGUAGCUGCUGUUAUAUUAUUAGGUGCUCUAUUUACAGGCCUAGCACUUGACUGGGACUGGAUAAGUUUCCAGUCCCCAAAAAAAAUGACAGGCACCAUUAUAAGCAUGGACACUUAUCGAAAAAACAGCAUCUCAAUCCACAACCUAGACUAUAAUUGCAUUAGUGGUCCAUCCUGUGCUAGUGAAUCAGAUCUUGCAAUAACUCAACGUGAAUGUGCCGCAUUUGACAAACUUUCUAAAGCAGGGUACAUUUAUUACUGAAUGAUAACCUUUUCUUUGCUAUUUUUAGUUCUAUGGCUCGAACAUCUUCUCUAUCUUGUCUUAAAAAAACAAUUUGGGGCUUCUGAGCUGAAUUACGUUUGGCCGAGCUUAUGUGUCCUAUUUAAUCUUAUUGGAAUAAUUAGCUGGUUUAAUUUAUCUGAGGUAUCUUAUAGAGCAAAUUGUAGAGUCAAAGCGAGUGAUGACAAUAUUUCAUUUUGCCCUGAAGAUGGGCCGAUUUUGAGCAUUGUAAGUUUAUUUUGCGAAUUUUUUGCAGCUGUUUUUUAUUGUGUAAUAUAUUCAAAAAAGUUUGGAAAAAUUGAGCAUAAAGUUUUUCCAGGACAGCAUAAACUGGAAAAGUCGAAAUUGAGCAAAAAGAUUUUGGAAGUUCCAGCAAUGGAUGACUGUAAUGUGACUAAAGACAAUGAAGAUUCUAUAACCGAAAAAACUUCAGCAAGAAUGUCUGGUAUUUUAAAUAGACCGAGCACUGGAGAAGACGCGACUAGUGCUUUUUUCCGGAAGGGAAAAGAUAAAGAUUUGUUGAAAAGUAAAGGGGAGAUUUGCGUUACGUGCGAAUCAGAGUAAUUUUUAUGCAGUCUUGAUGAAAUUAAUAUAAUUAUUGGAAAUUGUGGGCAUAAUAUCCACAAAAAAUGUCAAGGACGCUGCGAUGGGGAAAAGCUUUGCGAAGAGUAAUUUCUAUAUAGCUGCUUGAAGAACCUAGAGUAA